AUGUUUGUUUUGACAAGAAGAGCCAAAAAUCAAUAUACGUGGAAAGGAUUUGCCGCAAUUCCAGCAGCAUUAAAGGAGUUACAAGAAGAAGGGGCUAAGGACACUUUUCACCGUUUUUAUACCAACGAGAAUGUCAAAGUAUCUGAUGAUGAGGAUGAUGAGGAAGAGUCUUCUCAGCCCCAUUCUAGUAGCCAGACUGAUAGCUCCAAACCUGGCUCUGGCUCUCUUCCCCAAUCUUCAGAUCCAUCCAAAAUAGCAAAAGUGAGACGGCUUUACGAUAUUGCGAAUGUCUUGUCAUCAAUGAAUCUCAUUGAGAAGACUCACACCUUAGAUUCUAGAAAACCAGCUUUCAAAUGGUUAGGAUACAACGGUGAGCCUACUUUCACGCUGAGCAAUGACUUGAUACAAGCGGAAUCAAGGAAAAGAGUAUUCGGAACUGAUCUUACAAACGUCAGUGUCAAGAGAAGCAAAACCCAUGAGAAGCUAAAGAUGAAGAAACAUGCAGUAGCAGAGAGUUCUUAUAAUAACAAAAGCUUUGAUGCUCAUGAAUCAAGACAUGGAUCAAGAGGUUACCAGUUUGGUCCUUUCGCACCAGCCACCACUGGAGCAUAUCAUCAAACUGCUGCUUUGGAGGAUAACUCCACGAGAGCUUUUGAUGUGGAGAAUCUGGUUUCGGAUCAUCGACCCUCUUACCAAAACCAAGUAUUAAAAGACCUCUUUGCACAUUACAUGGACGCUUGGAAGUCAUGGUACAACGAAUUAACCGAGAAGAAUCCAUUACCAAACACAUCACAACACCAUUAG